AUGACGUCACUCAAAACAUGGAUGGCCGAUUUGCCACCCGAAAUAGCCGACCAGCCCCUACGUCUACUCAAAAUUCCUGGCUCACACGAUUCGGGAGCGACGCCAGAGCUCAAUCCCAAGCUCCCGAUGGCACCUGAUGUACCUGGUUCUGUUAAGCGGCUAGGAAAAGUUUGUUUCGUCAAACCUGGUGUCAAAAGAUGGGGUGUUUGCCAAAGACUCGCUUCUCAUAGCAGGAAUAUCGCUUAG